CCUCAAGGGUCAGAAGAGGCCAAAGCGUUUGUAAAUGCCUUCCUGAAGCGUAGUAUGCCAAAAAAGAAAGAUGAAGCUAUCCAGGAUAUACUAACUCGGAAAGCUGUAGUUCUUCAGCAUUAUUCCAAAAAAAAGACGAAGCAAAAGAGGAAGAAAACAAAAGGUUUUACUGCCAAGCAAAGGAGAGAAAUGCGUCUUUUUGAAAUUGAACCUGAACAGCAAAGGUACUCAAUCUUCCUACCACUACAUGAACUCUGGAAACAGUAUAUCAGAGACCUAUGUCAUGGACUUAAACCAGAUGCGCAACCACAUAUGGUUCAGAGCAAACUGCUAAAAGCUGAUCUCCAUGGAGCUAUUGUUACAGUCACAAAAUCAAAGUGCCCCUCUUAUGUUGGGAUAACAGGAAUCAUUCUACAGGAAUUUAAACAUGUCUUCAAAAUUAUCACUAAAGAGGACAAAUUAAAAGUUGUUCCCAAACUUAACAACGUAUUUAGCUUGGAGAUUGAUGGAUUCAUUUCCUACAUCUAUGGAAGCAAGUUCCAGCUUAGAGCAAGUGAGCGAUCUGCAAAAAAGUUCAAGUUGAAAGGAACUAUUGACCUAUGAUUUCAUGGAAAAUCAGAAGUAUUACUAGAAAUGUCUGCUGUUUUCUUGCAGUUUAAAGACCAGGUUUUCUGGUAGAUGAAAUAGCUAUGUGAAAUUUUUCUAAAGCAUUUCUUCUUACUGAAGAAUGACUAGCAUCUGUUGUCUUUUAAGCAGUUUCUCAGACUGUUGGAGUUGUUUGUAUCUGGUUUUGUCAU